AAAACCAUAUCGGACAUGCACGAAGAUUGUCCGGUAUGUCCGGGGAUUAUAAGCUCACAUAAGCCCGUGACGUCACAGGCAAGCCGAAAAGAGGUGUUGGAUCGUAAAGACGUGUACGUUUCCCCAAGACCGAAAAGGGGUGUUGGACCGUGUUCCAUAAUGCCGUCAAUGAAGGAUGUGGCGAUACCGACCGUUGUCGGCUUGGGCGCUUUCCUGGCUGCACCCUAUGUGCUGUCUGCUAUAGGGUUUACUUCAGCAGGCAUAGCUGCUGGGUCAGUGGGAACUAAGGCUAUGUCUUUCGCCUGGACAACCGGAUGGGGAGUAGGUGCUGUGUCAUCUCUGCAAUCUGCAGGGGCUGCUGGGAUAGGUCUGGCAAGCAAGGCGCUGAUUGGAGGGACUGCAGCUGUGUGUGCAAACAAAGCAAGAGGCAACUGAUGACUUGAAGUCAUUGUGGUCAUAUGUUUGUGAAAUAAAGGAGACAAACACAUUCCACUAGUUUUUGACUGUUCUGUCCUCUAUGGCCAUGUAAUACUUGUAAUGAUUUUGAAAAUUAUGUAUCACCUGAAUUAAAUUUACAUUAAGUAGA